UCGAGCCAUGCUGGUCCUGGUCUGGCUCUUCUGUCUGGUAACCGCCGCCCUCCCCCUGCUGGGCUUCGGCAGCUACGUCUACAGCGAAUCUCGCUUCCUGUGUUGCCCCAACUUUACACCUGAGGACAGGUGCUUUGUCCUGCUGUGGAUGCUGGCAGGCAUCGUGGCGCCAAUCAUCACCAUGUGCUCUCUGUACGGGUACAUCGUCUACGUGGCCACGAAGCAGGCCAGGAGGGGGACGUUCAUGUGCAACGAGCUGCACUGCUACUACGUUCCUGCUAACAACUACCUGAGGAGCUCCGUCGUCAUGGUCACCACUUCAGUGUGUUUGUUGGUGUGCUGGUUGCCCUACAUCUCAGUGUGUCUGUACGAGACAUUCAGUGGUGAACAGAGUCCUGCUGUGACCUCUGCCCUCUCCGCCUGGCUGGUUCUGACCAGCUCCGCCCUCAACCCUUGGAUCACCUGUAUGACCCAGACCAGGUACCGGGCAGCCGUGCGUCGCCUUAUCAGCAGAUUUAUUUCAAUGUUCCUGUGUUCUGAGACACCUCUGGAGUCCCGCCCCCAGAGCGCCGCCCUCCACCUGGACACAGCCAAUCGCAUCAGCACAACCACGAGGACUACAGCAGCAUCCUGCCCGCCAUCCUCACCAGAAACUACAACACCACCGUGAUCACCGGAUGUGAGCUCAACCUCCUCAUCAUCACUUAGCCCACAGACAGAGACUAUCCCCAGACCCACCUGUGACAGACACACCUGUGAUGCACUGCAGUAUGGGAAAUGUAGUUCAGCUUUUCCAUUUCUAUUUUCAUAUGACCUAAAUACAUUCCACCUAUCGCAGAGCUUUCAUUCACAGCGAUUUUUGGAAGCAGAAACGCUAUCUCCAAGAGUCAGGGUGAAAUAUUUUAAAUGUCACUGUGACACAUAUAUCCGACGGUUCGGACUCCACAUGAAGAUGGUUUGUUUUUCUAUGUGACAUUUUUGUGGGAGGAUUUAACGAGUCGGCAAAAAGAGUGUUUCAGUCAAAGUGUUUCCGAUGUUUCAUUCAAAGAGCUGGACUUCAGGCUGUAAAAUAAUAAUAUCAUAAUAAAGACGUCGUGUUCAGAGA